GUUGAUGGUUUCUUUGGGUGUUCUUUUUCAGAGUCUAUCUUGUACUUUCUAAGAUGGGACUCUGUUUUGCAAAAGCAUAAAGAGAACCUAGUUUCGCUAGCAAUGGCAAAGUAACAGCAAGACAACUUGGUAUUCUCGGAGUCGAAGAAAGUAGUGUGACCUCUUCAAAAAAAAGAAAAGAAAGUGGUAUGACAGGACUUUGGUCUGGUCUUCCUGCAGAGCUUCUAUCAUUAAUUGUGGAUCGAUUAGGCCUAAUUGAGCUUCUGAGUUUUCAUGGUGUAUGUAAGGCUUGGAGAGCUGCUGCAUCCACAGCUUUAUCUAAGAUUGAAGCCUCAGCCAAUCGUAAACCCUGGUUUCUAAUCUAUGGUGAAAACUCACAAUGCCAUUUGUAUGAUGAAUCUGGAAGAAGGUACACUACUAGCAUCCCAGAAUUGGAUGGAGCAACUUGCAUUGCAUCACACCAAGGAUGGAUUCUUGUAUUUCAAGGAGGCCCAAUGUUCUUCUACUGCCCAUUCUCUCAUGCAAAAAUAGAUAUUCCUACGUUUCCCCUUUCGGUACUCUCUAACCAUGCUGCAGCAUUUUCAUCUCCUCCCACCACUCUUGAAUGCAUUGUUGCUGUCAUGCAUCGUGACAUUAUGUCUGGAUUCUCGCUGUAUGUUCUUCAACGUGGAGCUAAUGCAUGGGCUAAGUGUGAACUCAUUCAAUUUUAUAAUGUAAGGGAAUUAGGUAGUGCUAUAUAUGGGAAUCAAAAUUUCUAUUUUUUUGACAAAAUAAACAAAUUAAUUACCUUCUCUGUCAAGGACAAAACCUGUGUACAGCACACUCUACUUAAGAAUGAGAAUUCAACCACCAUAAAGCAUCUCCCAUAUGUUCGUAGUAAGAGUCAUUUUGUGAGAAGAAACAUGAAGAAGAAAUUGGGGCUGGGUGAAGAUGUUUCAAUUUCUAUCUGUGGAACAGUGGUACAGAAUGAUAGCACUGACAUUAUUAUAUGUAAUGAGGAAGUUGAGUCUGCUGAAGAAUUUGAAAGCUGUUACCUCAAAGGGGUAUGGAUCCAACCAAGAUUUUUUCACCUCUCUCCAAAUCAGAGCUGGUCAUUUUGAGGGCUGAUUUCUUC